UAUACUGCAAUCGGAGUGUUGAGUGGCUCAGUCCCACAUCAAAGGCCGAUACAUGAAGCGGAGCAGGGGGGCGCGUUCGCCGUCGGGUUUGAAAUAAUUUUGUAACUUACAUGGACAGAAUCUUGUGCGUAGCUCUAAAGAGGCGGUCGCUUAAAGUAUCAACGGGGGGCUUGUUUCAAACAGGUUUCAUUCGUUACAAGAUAUUGCAACAUGGGGAACCCACGCCUGCUCUAUUUGUUGCUCCUCUACGUGGCCGGAGGCUGCCCCAAGCCCACUUUGAGACACGAGCGGGUCCAUCAAGAGCCACAGCUCAGCGAUCAGGUGCACGCCGAUUCGGAAAACUUCCAGUACGACCAUGAGGCCUUUUUGGGCAAGGAAGAAGCCAAGUCGUUCGAGCAGUUGACCCCGGAGGAGAGCGUGGAAAAUCUGCGAAAAAUUGUGGAAAGGAUAGACGCCAACCAGGAUCAGUUUGUAACCACUGAAGAACUGAAGGCAUGGAUUAUACGAGUGCAGAAGCGUUAUAUUUAUGAAAAUGUAGCGAAAGUGUGGAGGGACUAUGACCUGAACAAAGACGACAAAAUUUCCUGGGAAGAAUACAAAAAGGCGACGUUUGGCUACUACCUUGACAAUCCUGAAGAGUUUCAAGAUGCAGCAGAUCAGCUGAGUUUCAAGAAGAUGCUUCCUCGAGAUGAGCGGAGAUUUAAAGCUGCAGAUCUAGAUGGAGACAUGGUGGCCACCAGAGAGGAGUUUACAGCCUUUCUUCACCCAGAAGAAUUUGAGCACAUGAAAGAAAUUGUUAUCUAUGAAACUCUUGAAGAUAUUGAUAAGAAUGAAGAUGGCUUUGUUGAUGAGGAUGAGUACAUUGCUGAUAUGUAUGCACAAGAAGAAGGUGUCACUGAGCCAGAAUGGGUCAAGACUGAGCGGGAGCAGUUUUCCGAUUUCCGCGACUUAAACAAGGAUGGAAAGAUGGACAAGUCUGAAAUCAAACAUUGGAUCCUCCCGGAGGAUUAUGACCAUGCACAGGCUGAAGCCAGACAUCUUGUCUACGAAUCUGACAAAAACAGAGAUAAAAGACUAUCAAAACAAGAAAUCCUAGACAAUUGGAAUAUGUUUGUUGGCAGCCAGGCCACCAACUAUGGGGAAGAUUUGACUCGAAACCAUAUUGAGUUGUGAUAGCAGUGAAGGAAAAUAAAGAUGGCAGUGUGAUAACUCUCCUUCCACUUAUAAACACUUAGCAUUAUUCUAUUGAAGAUACAGAAGUGGGCUAAUGGACUGCAAAUACUUACCAUUUGUAAAAUGACUGAAGCUGUUACUCCAAUCUCACUCUCUUAAUGUAGUCCAUUCUUUACCUCAUUAACUCAUGGGCUACCUAAGUCCAGAUGUUUGUUUACACCAUUGAUGAGUGAGUGCUAAUCCAUGUGUGUUGUACAGAACCUUUAUUUCAAUGCAUAGUAUAGUUGUAUAGUAUAAAAUGCUUGGGAAUGUUGGGUACAUUCAUUUAUUUUUCCUUUCAUUUGGAAUAUAAGAUGCCAGAUCAUUUCCACCCUGUAAUGAAAUCUGUUAUUGUAAGUGAUGAAACACCAGCUAGAUCUUCUGCUAGGACAGCCAAGAGUUAUCUGGUCAUGUUCUGAAUUAAUACUACAUACGGCACCAAUAUGAGAGUGUGCAUUACUGAAGAUAAGAUAUCCAAUUGAUUUUAACAUUUGCUUCCAAAACUGAACUCCACCAUUUAGAAGGAAACAGUCAGCAGGUAUUUGAGAACAUCAGCUGCACAUUCUCCACCAAAUUACACACCAUUCUGACUCGGAAACACAUUGUCAUUUCCAUCAAGGUCACUGGGUCCUGACCUAAUAGCAUUGUGGGUGUAUCUACACCAUACAGCAGUUCAAGUAGGUGGCUCAUCACCAGUUUCUCAAGAGCAGUUUGGGCUGAUUAGCAAAUACUAGUUUUGCCAGCAAUCUCUAAAUCCUGAGAAUGAAGUUAUAAAAAAUCCUGUGAUCUGUCUUUUUGAAUGGUAUUAAAUUCCCAUUGCUGUUUUUUUGUUCUGUACUGAUAAACUGUGGAAUAAUUGAGCCACCAUACUCAUUGACCUAAUUUAUGUAAGGUCUUUGUGUGUAUUUCCUGGUAAACUAAACUUCUUCAGUUGGUUCAUUCCAAAUGAUGCAGUGGGUCAUUUUGUGUUGGGUAAUCUGAACAGAUUACCAGGGCACUGGAUCUGGCAGGGAGGGACAAUGAAAAAUCAGUAAAAAGAAACUGACUACCUAUGGUUUACGGCACCAAAUCAACUAUUUUCAGUGAUGACAAUCAGAAUUGUUGGGUAGUUGUUAGUUGUUAGACUUAGAUUUGGUCAUUCUUUUCAGGUUAGUUGACAAAUGUUGCAUUGCAUUUGUGUAGCAUCUCCAAGAAGGGAAAAAACAGUAAUAUUUGGAAAUGGAUGUACUGGACCUCCUGUUUUAAGUAUGUGUAAUUGAAACUUCAAUAACUUUUUUUCUUUGGAACUUUAAUGAUGUAAUAAUCUAUGUGAUAUAUUGUGACAGAUGGUCAAACAAUUGGUCAAGGAAGUAGGCAUUAAGACAAGUCAGGGGGUGCUUUAGAAGGGAAUUCCAAUGUUUUAGGCCUGGACAGCAGCAGGUACUGCUGAUGUUGGUGGAUCGAUUUAAACAGAGCUUAGUGAAAGGCCAAAACUGGAGGAGUGCAGAGAUUGUAGAGGAAUGUGGAGCUUAUGGUGGCUGCAGAGAAAGGAAGAGUGCGCUCAUGGACAGAUCUGAACAAAAGAAUGAGAAUUUAAAAAACGGGGCAUAAUUGGAUUGGGAGCCAAUGUAAGCCAAUGGCCACAAAGGCAUGAAUGAGAUUUUAGCAGCAAAUGAGCUGAAGAAUGCAUAGAGACAGCUGAUAUUUGGAAGUGGUGGUCAGAAGCUUAACUUGGAGUCAUUUUGGUUGUGAACCGACAAGUUCAGCCUCAGUCGCCAGGGUAAGGAAUGAGCGUGAUGGCUUAGGAACUGAGUUUGGGGUGGGGGGAUGGGGUUGUAGACAAUAUUUCCAUUUCUUCCAAUAAUUAGUUGAAGAAAAUUUCUGGUUACUCAGGACUGGAUGUGAACCAAGCAACCUGACAAACCAAAGACAGUGUAUGUCAAGAGAGGUGAGAGUAAGAAAGAGCUGACUGUGAUAACUGAACAUACAGAAUGCAUUUCUUUAUGAUGUUGUGUAAUGGCAGAAUGUAGGAAGUGACUCCAAAGAUAGGGGAUAACCUGAAGUUGUGAUGCGAGAGUGGGAAAAGAAAGCCUAUAACUGAAUAGUUAGAUGCUGUGCUAUGACGUACAGAAGUAUUGUUUCAGAUAGAAAUGGGGCUAAAGGAGUUGAUUAGCACUUUUGCAUCUUCUGAUCUGUUAUGUCUAAUUAUAUGUAAGACUUCUACAAUUACUAUCAUUUUAUGGGAUUAUGACCAGACUGGGAGCCAAGUGAUAUGGAGUACUCCCAUUUCAAAAUCUUUUUUUCUGCGUACACGUAGAUGGAUUCUUUAAUGAAGAAUUUAAUUUAGUUCAAUUCAAUUGUACAUAACAUAGUUCAAUGUUGUGGUGUUGGCCUGAUACUAAAAUUCCUUGCAGCUCUGAAUGGUGUGUGAUAAUGUAUAGGGACCACUUUGUGUAAAGAAAAAGUAUACUUGCUUCACCUCUGGUACUUCUUGCACUUUCCAAAUCAGAGGUGAACGCUUCUUGGUUUGGUGAUCACCUUCACCGGUUAUUUAAAUUCUCCAGAAUAAACAUUGCCAAUGAUUCUCGUGAAAAGCACCAAAACCAACUGCCUUAUUUUUGAGUUCUUGUGUUAGCUUACAUUUUUAUAUACUUUUAAGGUAAUAAAACAUCCCAAGGUUCUUCAAAGAUUGUGAUCAACCAAAGUUUGACAUGGUGUUACAGAAGGAAAUUUAAGGACAGGUGACUAAAGGUUUCAUUCAAGAAAGAGGGAAAAAAAACAGAGGUAGAAAGGUUUGAGUUUUGUAUAUUAGAAUUAAGGCCUAGACAGUUGAAAUUAUAGCCACUUCACCAGAUUAAAAUCAUAAAGCCCAAAGGCACUGAAUUGGAGUAUCAAAAUGUUAGAGGGCUGAUCAUCAGAGGAAGGGCUUAUAGUGAGAUGUUGCCUUGCUUGCCAAGCUGGCUGGUUACUUCCAAUGAAGCGAUGUCGUUUUGCUCUGCUUGGAAUUUAUACGAUCCGGUCAGUUAAGUUGGGUUGUGUCAUUUCUGGUUCUUUUUUCCAUGAGUUUGUAUAUAGGAUCUAAUUCCACACGUUUGUUGAUUGCAUUAUGCAUUGAAAACCAGGCUUCUAGGAAUUCCCGAGUGCGUCUGUGGUUGGCUUGAGCUAGGAUGGCCACAUUGUGCCAGUUAAAUUGAUGGUCUUCAUUGUCCGAGUGCACUAAGAUGCAGGAAAGUUCGUCAUGUUAUUUUAAUGCUAUCUAGGCACACCUACACACAAACUGGCCAAGGACCUACAACAGGAGAUUGAAACACCUGGUCGACAGAUCACCCCACUCCAUCCGCUCAACCCAGGAAUCCCUUAACAAGCUCAAGAACAUUAAAAUCAGCAAUGAUGACAUUAUGGUAUCCUUUGACAUCACAGCACUAUUCACAUCCAUUAACAUACCAGAACCCAGAGAAACACUGCCAACAUUCACAAACAAAGCUGUGUUAGGACACUGUUUAAACAGGCCACAGCCCACUGCAACAUGCCAGAACUAGGCAAGAAGAAGGAACAGCAAUUAUACAAGGUAUUUGCUAACAACUGAUACCCCAACAACUUUAUCCGCAGGUGCAUACUAGAUAUACAAUGCAGAGAGAACACAGUAUGCCCCAAGACACUGGCGACACUACACUAUAUCAAGAGCAUAUCAGAACUGACAGUGAGACUCCUGUGACCACUAGGAAUCAUGGUAGCACACAAACCCACAGCCAGACGAUGAUAAACACUCACAAGGACCAAAAGCCCCAUAUCCAUGACAUGCAGGACCAACAUAGUUUAUAAAAUACCUUGCAAUGACUGCAACAAGCAUAACAUCAGCCAGACCAGAAGGGCCAUCAGGAUACAUGAACACAAGCCUGCAACAAAAUGACAUGACAAACUUUCCCUCAUCUCAGUGCACUCGUACAAUGAAUUUAACUGGGACAACGUGACCAUCCUAGCUCAAGCCAACCACAG